AUGUCAAGUGAUUUCCAAACAAGUGUUGCAACAUCAGCAGAUAUUAGGAUAAAAGUCUUACGAAGCAUCUCUUCUACACUUGAAUCGAUGGGAAAAGACAUAAACAUGUUUCAUUUAAUAGAACAUGAUGUCUCUUUUGAUCAGAAUGAAACUGAAGCUAGAGAAAUAAAUGAUGAAUUUGCAGUUUUGAUACCAGAAGAAGAUCUUAUGGCUUCGAUGAGUCUUAAUUCUGAACAACAACACGCAUAUGAAUCAAUUUUGCAGAAAGUCCUUCUAAAUGAAUCUGCUGCAUUUUUCAUUGAUGGUCCGGGCGGAACAGGGAAAACAUUCUUAUAUAAAGCACUUCUCGCUACAGUAAGAUCAAGAAACUUAAUUGCUCUUGCAACUGCAUCGUCUGGUGUUGCUGCAUCUAUUUUACCUGGAGGUCGAACAGCCCAUUCACGCUUCAAAAUUCCAUUAGAUCUUGACAAAAAUAGUACUUGUUGUGUAAGCAAACAAGGUGCUCUUGCCAAAUUGUUACGUCUUGCAAAGCUAAUCAUAUGGGAUGAAGCACCUAUGUCUAGAAAAGAAUGUAUGCAAGUAAUGGAUAAAAUGUUACGAGACAUAACUGAUUCAAGAUUACCAUUUGGUGGAAAAAUUAUCGUAUUCGGUGGAGAUUUUCGUCAAGUCUUACCUGUGAUUCGGAAAGGCACAAGACAAGAAGAAGUUAAUGCCAGUUUAGCAUCGUCAUAUUUGUGGUCUACUUUAACUAAGAUUAGGUUGAGUGAGAAUAUGCGAGCAAGAUUCGAUCCAAACUUCUCAAAUUAUUUACUUCAGGUCAGAAAUGGAACAACACCAAUCACAAUUGAGAAUAAGAUCAAAAUUCCCAAUGAAAUGCUCAUUCCUUACAAAAAUGAUGUGGAGUCUUUAGAUGAUCUGAUCGAUGCAGUCUUCCAAGAUAUUGGCAGCUAUUUAGAAAAUUUAUCCGAAAUGACAAAUCGAGCUAUCUUGACACCAAAGAACAACUCUGUCGAUGAGAUAAAUACAAUACUUAUUCAAAGAUUUCCUGGUACAGUUACACAAUACUAUAGCUUCGAUGAAACGAUUGAUACAUCAGAACAAGGAAUCAUGGAGGAUUUUUUAAAUACAUUGACACCAAAUGGACUUCCACCUCAUGAGCUGUUAUUAAAAAAAAAUUGUCCCAUCAUGUUACUCAGAAAUGUCAAUCCUUCAGAAGGUUUAUGCAAUGUAACACGUCUUAUUUGUCGCAACUUUGAACGAAAUAUCAUUGAUGCUGAAAUUGCAGGCAACCGACUACAAGCAACAAUUUUCGGCAAAGAUAUAGACCUACGUAAUGACAUGUUGCACAUCUUCCGGUCUUACUACAUCAGUAAUGCUUAUGUUAAGCCUUUAGAUCCCAGGCAUAGAAUUGAAGCGCAUGAAUACCAGUGGAUCUUAAAUUCAAGAACAAUCAUCGAAAACAUUCAAGAUAACGAAGUGGAAUUACAACCACCAGAAUAUGAUAUUAUCCCAUUCACCAAUCUGCAUGAGUACAAAGACACUGGAACUGAAAUAGCUAUUCUGGCGAUCGCAAUAUACAUGAAACCUCCUAGAGAAAUUACCUCAAUACAUGGGCCAACAAAAAUUCAAGAAAUAUAUGUUAUCGACCAGAGGUAA